UUGACCACGGACUCGGGGUUUUUGAUACCAGAGUAUCUUCGGAGCAAGUCUCCCCUCCUCCCCUUCUCUCCACUCGCCGUGGAGGAAUAUCCGAUCCUCCUCUCUAUUCCGGCGGUCAGUCCCCGUUAUUCCAGCGCCGGAGAUUCCACAAGGGAAAGCGAGACCCCUCGAAAAUAUUCUGCUUAGAGAGAGAAAAUGGGAGCCGGAAGCGGCAGCGGCGGCGGCGGCGGCGGGGAGGUGAAGAGAAGAGGGUGCUCGUGCACCAAGGAGGACUUCUUUCCGGAGGAGUCGUUCAAGAGCUGGGUUAAUUACCGGCAGGCGCUCCGGGAGACAGGGAUGCGGCUCCGGGACCGGGUGACGGCCCGAUCGCAUGACUUGACGGAGCUGCACGAGGUGCGGGCGAGGAGCGGGCAUGAGAUGAAGAGGAACCUCUCCUGGUGGGAUCUCAUCUGGUUCGGCAUCGGCGCCGUCAUCGGCGCCGGAAUCUUUGUGCUCACCGGCCAGGAGGCCAAUAGAGAUGUCGGCCCUGCCGUCGUCCUCUCCUACGUCGUCUCCGGAAUCUCCGCCAUGCUCUCCGUCUUCUGCUACACCGAGUUUGCUGUUGAGAUCCCGGUCGCAGGUGGUUCCUUUGCCUACCUCCGGGUGGAGCUCGGUGACUUCAUGGCGUUCAUCGCGGCGGGCAACAUCCUCCUCGAGUAUGUAAUUGGUGGUGCUGCUGUGGCCCGUUCUUGGACCUCCUACUUCGCCACCCUGCUUAACCACGACCCCGAAGACUUCCGCAUCCAUGUCUCCGGCCUCGCCGCCGAUUACAACCGCCUCGACCCCAUCGCCGUUGCCAUCAUCACCAUCGUCUGCAUCGUGGCCGUCCUCAGCACCAAGGGCACAUCCCGCUUCAACUACAUCGCCUCCAUCAUCCACGUCGCCGUCAUCAUCUUCAUCAUCGUCGCCGGCCUCACCAAGGCCGAUGCCAAGAACUACACCCCCUUCGCCCCUUACGGUGCCCGCGGCGUCUUUAAAGCCUCCGCCGUGCUCUUCUUCGCAUACGUGGGCUUCGAUGCGGUCUCCACCAUGGCCGAGGAGACCAAGAACCCUUCCAAAGACAUCCCCAUCGGCCUCGUCGGUGCCAUGUCGAUCACGACGCUUGCCUACUGCAGCCUCGCCGUCACUCUCUGCCUCAUGCAGCCAUACAAGCAAAUCGACGUCAAUGCAGCCUUCUCGGUAGCAUUCGAAGCCGUCGGGAUGGACUGGGCCAAGUACAUCGUCGCCUUCGGGGCUCUCAAGGGCAUGACAACCGUCCUCCUCGUCUCAGCCGUCGGCCAGGCCCGGUACCUGACCCACAUCGCCCGCACCCACAUGGUUCCGCCGUGGCUAGCACAAGUGCACAGCAAGACCGGCACUCCGAUCAACGCCACCGUCGUCAUGCUCUGCGCAACCGCCACCGUCGCCUUCUUCACCGACUUGGGCAUCCUGUCCAAUCUCUUAUCGAUCUCCACUCUAUUCAUCUUCAUGCUUGUCGCCGUGGCUCUCCUCGUCCGCCGCUACUACGUGAGCGGCGAGACCUCCGACUUCAACCGGUAUAAGUUUGUCGCUUGCAUCGUGCUCAUACUGGCAUCGUCGAUCGCGACGGCGACCUACUGGGCGCUGAGCAAGAAGGGAUGGAUCGGGUACGUGGUGACGGUGCCGAUAUGGUUCCUGUCGACGUCGGGUCUGUGGCUGGCUGUGCCGCAGGCGAGGGCGCCGAAGCUGUGGGGGGUGCCGAUGGUGCCAUGGCUGCCAUCGGUGUCGAUCGCGAUCAAUAUAUUCUUGCUUGGAUCGAUCGACUCGAAGUCGUUCAUGAGGUUUGGCAUCUGGACGGCGUUCCUGCUGAUAUACUACUUCUUCUUCGGUCUCCAUGCGUCGUAUGACACAGCGAUGGCCACGACGGCCUCGCAGCCGAUGAAAAGGUUGGAGGAAGGGGGAUCUGGGCAGAAGGCAGCAGUGGAAGCCACUAAUGCUAAGUAAAUGGAGUGGUGCAAGGAGAAGAUCAGGAGCAGCUACUAAUAUAAGAUUGUGUUUUCACGUUUUCUUUUCUUGUUGGCCUUUUGAAAAGAAGAAAAAAAAAAAGGGAAAUGAGUUGCAAGAGUGUGAAACUCUAGUUUGAGACGAGAACGUCUUAGUUGGAGGGUGAUGUUAAAAAGCAGCAAGUUUGUAGCUGGAAUUGUGUGAAAGUAUCAAAUGCUAAGCAAUGGUUUUCAAAAAUCAGCUUUGAGAA